AUGGACAAAGAAAAUAAAAAUUCCAUGUUCGGAGGAUUUGUAUCUUCCGAACAAAAAAAAGAACUGAUAAAUUUUAUGGAAGAAAAUCCCGAUUUAAAAAGUGGGAAAUUUACAAACAAUUUUACAUAUAAAACUGCCCAAACAAUGUGGCAGACAUUAAGCCAAAUAUUAAAUGCUUUGCCAGGAGCAAAGAAAGAGUGGAAACAAUGGCGUAAGACAUGGCAAGAUAUGAAAUCUAACACAAAAAGAAAAAACACAAAAAUUAAAAAUUCCCAAGUGGAAACUGGAGGUGGACCACCCAUUAAAGAUGUCAAAAUGACUGAGGAAGACCUAAAAAUUAUUGAAAUCUUAGGGACUGCAAUAGUUGAGGGUGACCCUUUAGUUGCAGAAUCUGCCACCUCAUUUCAUUUCAGCAAUGAUUGUGAUGAAAAUUUGGAUGAAGAUGCAAAAGAGGAAUAUGAGAUUGAAAUGGUAAGAGUACAGUGUGUUGCAAUGAGUGAAGUGAAAACCCGAAGAAGUAAUGGUACUGGCAGCUUUGGUAAGGAACAAACACAACUUACGGAUUCUGGCAAAGCAUAUAAAAAUAGAAAACGUAAAGAUAUAACAGCAAAACCGUUGCCAACACAGGAGGUGAUUUGUAAGUGCAUCAGUUAUCGCUGGAGAAAAUCCUUGUUUGAAAAGUUGGGUCUUAGGUAUACAGUUCCUGCGGAGAAGGAGGUGCCAACAUGGUACCUAUGA